AAUUCGUUCACUUUCACUUCCUUUGCAGCUUUUCCUUACUCUUUUUUUUAAUAAUUUCCAUUCCUCUCUCUUCGAAGCUUCGAUGCCAGGCCCUGCCUCUCACACCAGGACCAGCGUGAGAGUCGUAGUUGCAGGGGACCGUGUAACCGGGAAAUCUAGCUUGAUUGCGGCCGCUGCCACCGAGUCUUUCCCUGACAAUGUCCCUCGCGUGCUUCCUCCUACUCGCCUUCCCUCCGAUUUCUUCCCCGAUCGCGUACCCAUCACCAUCAUCGACACUUCUUCCGCUUUGGAGAAUAGAGGCAAGCUCUUUGAAGAAUUGAAGCGGGCAGAUGUGGUGGUGUUAACUUAUGCUUGUGAUCAACCUCUGACACUCAAUCAUCUGAGUAGUUUUUGGCUUGAGGAACUCCGGCGAUUAGAGAUCAAGGCACCGAUUGUUGUAGUUGGUUGCAAGGUAGAUUUGCGAGAUGAGACUCAGCCUGUUGCCCUGGAGCUGUUCAUGGGGCCAAUCAUGAAACGGUAUAGGGAAAUUGAGACUUGUAUAGAAUGCUCUGCAGUUACCCUAACACUGGUCCCAGACGUUUUCUAUUAUGCUCAAAAAGCUGUACUUCAUCCAGCAACCCCAUUAUUUGACCAAGAAAAUCAAACUUUAAGACCUCGAUGUGAGAGGGCAUUGAGAAGGAUAUUUCUUCUUUGUGACCGUGACAUGGAUGGUGCACUCAAUGAUACAGAGUUGAAUGACUUUCAGGUCAAGUGUUUUAAUGCUCCACUGCAGCCUGCUGAAAUAGUGGGUGUGCGAAGAGUUGUACAGGAAAAGAAGAAAGAAGGUGUAAAUGACCUGGGUCUUACCCUUGAAGGGUUCCUUUUUCUCCACACCCUUUUUAUAGAAAAAGGGCGACUUGAAACAACAUGGUCUGUGUUGAGAAAAUUUGGCUAUGAUGAUGAAUUAAAAAUCAGAGAUGAUCUUCUUCCUGUUUCAUCAAAGCAUGCUCCUGACCAGAGUAUAGAGAUGACAAUUGAAGCUGUGGAGUUUCUUCGUGGUAUCUUCCGAUUGUUUGACAUUAAUAAUCAUGGAGCACUACGACCUGCUGAUCUUGACGAGCUAUUUUCAACUGCUCCAGAAAAUCCUUGGUGUGAGGCACCUUACAGGGAUGCUGCAGAAAGAACAACACAGAGGAAUUUAACUCUUAAGGGUUUCCUGGCUGAGUGGGACCUUAUGACGUUGCUUAAUCCAAAGGGUAGCUUGGCUAAUCUUAUAUAUGUUGGUUAUGGUGGAAAUCCUGCUUCAGCAUUACGAGUUACUCGAAGAAGAACAGUGGAUCGCAAGAAGCAACAAACAGAAAGAAAUGUUUUUCAUUGCUUAGUUUUUGGCCCAAAAGAUGCUGGAAAGUCUGCUCUGUUGAGUUCUUUUUUAGAAAGGCCAUUCUCAGCAGUUCAUAAUCCAUCAAGGGCUCAGUGUUAUGCAGCAAAUGUUGUUGACCAGCACGGGGGCAACAAGAAGACUCUUGUUUUGCAAGAGAUUCCAGAAGAUGGAGCGAUGAAAGUUUUGUCACAUAGAGAAUCUCUGGCAGCAUAUGAUGUUGCUAUUUUCGUCUAUGAUAGUUCAAACGAAUAUUCAUGGAAAAGAUCUUGUGAAGUGCUUGUGGAGGUAGCUAGACGAGGUGAAGAAAGUGGCUACGGGGUGCCUUGCCUUCUUAUUGCAGCCAAGGACGAUUUGGAUCCAUAUCCAAUGGCACUACAAGAUUCACUAGCUGUUUGUGAGGAGUUGGGAAUAGAGGCUCCUAUUCCUGUCAGCGUAAAAUUAGGGGAAACAAAUAAUGUGUUCUGUAGAAUUCUAAGUGCAGCAGAACGCCCUCAUUUGAGCAUUCCUGAAACUGAGGCUGGUAGGAGACGCAAAUACUUUCGCCAACUUGUCAAUCACUCUCUUCUGUUUGUGUCAGUUGGGGCUGCUUUCACUGUCGUUGGGGUGGCAGCUUUUCGUGCUUACAAUGCAAGGAAGAAUUCUUCUACGUAGAUUCUAUAUCAAGUGCUUGCGAUUUCGCCACUUCAAAGGAAGGUUUUAAAUUUGCAAAGCUGGACCACGAGGAAAUCCGUGCAUAAAAUUUUUAAUCCUCUUUUUAGUAGCAUAUCUAUUCUUUUGUCAUUUAUUUAUUUGCCUAAAGGUGGGUAAACCACAAAUACAGUUUAAUUAUAUUCUUCCUCUCUCAACAUAAAAAAUUCAAUUUUCUCUUCUAA